AUGUUGAUUAUGAAAAAUAAAUUAUUUUAUUAAAAAAUCCUCAGAAUAUUAAUUAUAAUAACAAAGAAAAACUAAUUUCAAAAUGAUAUAUAGAUCAAAAGACUGAAAAAAUUUCUGAAGGAAAAGUGAAUUAAUCGUGCUAUAGAACUUGAAUAAAGUUGUUAAAAUUCACAAUCAAAGGAAAGUAAUCAAUAAAUAUUUUUAAAAGGAAACAACUUUAGCAAAGUACUUAAUAUAGAAAUAUAAUUAGAGACAUUAAUGUAAGCUUUCAAGAAGUUGGAUUUUCCUAAAAAAAUUUAACUUACUAGAGAUAGAUAUUAACUCUAAGUAAUAGAGUUUAAUUAGUUAAGCAACAAUUCUUAAUAUAAAUAAAUUUGA